UCCUUCCUGUACUGCAGGCCCUAGGCUUGGACGCAGUACUCCAGAUGGAGCCUCAUGAGAGCAGAGAUGCUGUGUUUUUUGAGGCAGUAAGCAUUGCAAGCUCUGACUUCUAUGGAAGUUGCAUGAUUGGAGAUGCUUUUGAAAAUUUUGCCAAGGUUUCAGGAGGGGAAAGUGAAGAUACCAAAUUAUCAUUAUGCUUUUAUCUUUUAAGAUGGAGUGAUUAAAUACUAGGGAAGUAGAUUCAUUACUGAACGGAUCAUUUUCCCUUUCAAAUCCCUCCCACCAUGUUCUUGCCUAAUCCUCUUCUGACAGGGGAAAUACCGCGUUAAUGCAAGUGCCCUGGGAGCUAAGAGUGAGUGUAGUUCUGUGCUAUUAAAAUGUUUGCUGGUAGUAUUGUGACACAUGAUCUGUAGGCAUGAUGACUAAUUGUUACGACUGCAUAAGUUUCCUGCUAAAAUUCUCUCACCUUUAGAUUGAAAUGGAUGAAAGAUGGAGGAUGCCUAUUUUAAAAAGCUGAGGUUUGAUGGGGAAAGCGGUGGUAAGGGUCCUUGAUGGCUUGGAUUGAUACUGCAUAUAAGCUCUUUGGGCAAGGGUUUGUUGCAGCUCAUAUUUACACAGGAUUUUGUAACAGGGCUUUGUGAUCUCUCUCUCUAGUGUGCUGCUACCUCACUGAAGAGACGAAAGCUGUCUCACCUCUGGAAAAUGCUUAAUAAUUUUCUGCUUAAGAAAAUUUGUCCAAGCCUAUCUGUGUGAGUCUAAGAGAAGGAGGGUGUUUAGACUUUACGUCAUGUUCAACACUCAUUUUCUUCAGACCAGGCCAUUUUAGAAAUGUGUUGAUUGGAUUUUCUGGAAGUCAAGUUUCACUUCAGAAAAUACUGGAUUAAGUUCUUGUGUUUGCCAUCAGUUUGAGUGUUUCAAUUAAACUAAGAAUCUUGAAGAGGAGAAGGAGAUAUUUAAGGAUUUGAGGGGGUGGAUACAGUAAAGGUAUAUUAAUGAAACUGACAUUUGUGUUUGUGCUGUGGUUGUGUUCUCUGUGAUGAUUGGAAGUAAUUUCAAACCAGGCUGAAGUCCAACUAACAGGAGUCAAUUUUGUCCUGAGGUUUCUCAACUGUUGAGCAAGAGAUUUGAAGUAAAAAACUUUGGAGGCAUGUGACUGUUAAUCUCUUUAGCAGUAAGAAUAAAGUUUAAGCAUCCUGUUGGAAAUGUACUUGAUUCUGUGUUGCUCUUUGUUUUAAUUAACAAGCUUUUCUCCUGCAUAGAUUGGGGGUAUAAACUUCUUUGCACUUUGUCCAAUUAGAUCAUGCUUAGAAGCUGUCAGCGGUGAUGGUGAGGCAACCCUCCCCUGCCUCUUUUUCGAUUGUUCAGUCAGUCUGUUGGAUAAUGAAAGAAUUUGCCUGACGGGGUUUGGUAGCGUUUCGUCCCCUAGAUGAAUUACUGCAAGAUAUAGACGACUCUUGUGCAUCCAAAAUGCAUUGGAAUGAUUCAGCCAAUUCCUCAGAAGGUGACGCUGAAGCUCAUUCUGCCUUUACACAGACUGAGCACAACAUAGUUGCAGCUUACUUAAUAACAGCAGGAGUGAUAAGCAUUUUCAGUAACAUUGUUGUGUUAGGCAUCUUUGUUAAGUACAAAGAGCUUCGGACAGCAACCAAUGCAAUUAUUAUCAACUUGGCAUUCACUGACAUUGGUGUUAGCGGCAUUGGCUACCCCAUGUCUGCUGCUUCAGACCUGCAUGGAAGCUGGAAGUUUGGAUAUACUGGAUGCCAGAUCUAUGCUGCCUUAAAUAUAUUUUUUGGGAUGGCGAGUAUUGGUUUGCUCACUGUUGUUGCAGUUGACCGUUACCUGACAAUCUGCAGGCCUGACAUAGGAAGAAGGAUGACUACCCGUAACUAUGCCGCUCUAAUCCUAGCUGCGUGGAUCAAUGCAGUCUUUUGGGCAUCCAUGCCUACUGUAGGCUGGGCUGGUUAUGCUCCGGAUCCAACUGGAGCAACUUGCACAGUCAAUUGGAGGAAAAAUGAUGUGUCCUUUGUUUCCUACACAAUGAGUGUAAUUGCUGUUAAUUUUGUUGUACCCUUGACAGUCAUGUUUUACUGUUAUUACAAUGUUUCCCGGACAAUGAAACAGUACACCAGCAGUAACUGCCUGGAGAGCAUCAACAUGGAUUGGUCUGACCAAGUAGAUGUAACAAAGAUGUCUGUUGUGAUGAUUAUAAUGUUCCUGGUGGCAUGGUCUCCCUAUUCCAUUGUGUGCUUAUGGUCUUCUUUUGGAGACCCAAAGAAAAUUUCUCCUGCAAUGGCCAUCAUAGCUCCUUUAUUUGCAAAAUCCUCCACAUUCUAUAAUCCCUGCAUUUAUGUCAUUGCAAACAAAAAGUUUCGGAGGGCAAUCCUGGCAAUGGUGCGAUGUCAGACAAGACAAGAAAUAACUAUAAACAAUGCCUUACCCAUGAGUGUUUCUCAAAGUGCACUGACAUCUUAAAACUAAUUUCAUUCUUCUGCAUAGAUUGUGUGGGAAGGUGUCAAAUCUGGGUUACAGUUAAUUUUUUGGAACAAUAAUCUGCCUCAUCCAGUCAGCUGUUUUCUGUUAAUCACUACAAUAUUUUUAGAUAAGUUAAAAAGAAAAAAAGAGCAAAACAAAGCACUGUGACUUUAGUUUUCAAGAAUGAGGCUUAUUGGCUUGAUAUUUCUGGCACAAACAAAAAAAGGCCAUUGAAGUGUUCCAUGUGACUUGCAGGUUUGGACAAGGUGACACUGGGGCAGGGAGAGACUGAAGGAGGAAGUGCUUAGGUUCAGUAACAUAGAUCUAGCACCUUUAAUUCCUCUUACAAAUGACUCUCAACUUUGCUUGAAAGUUUCCAGACCCAAAUCGCUCUGGAUUCUCCUUAUAUGUGUAUAUAUAUAUAUAUAUCUAUAUCACGUGUCUGUACUGACAUUUGUUGCAGUUUAGCUUCUGUGAAUAUGGUAAGGUUAUCAGAAUAUCUAGCCAAACCCCAUAGAACUUAUCAGCUUUUAGGAUUCUGAAAGAGUUUCAUAAUACUUCUUGUAUUUUUGAAGUUUUGACUCUCCGAAUCAGAUGAAUUUGUGGGAUGGACAGCUUUUGUUUUAGUGGUGGUACAUUUCUAGUGUUCGUCCCUUGCACAGCAGAUCCUGAUAGUGGGACAAAAUGCUCCCUGAAGGUUGACGCUCAGGCAGCACAUAAAACAAUAAAGAUGAUUUCUCAUUAUUUCUAAGUCAAUCUCAUGAACGUCCAUUGUGUAAUUUUUGAAAAAGAACAUCGGCAAUGGCAGAAAUGGAUUUAUUUGGGCUGGAGGGGGUGGCUGCGUAUGGAGCUGAUGAUGGAUGGUAGUACACAUUCUUGGUGAUUCUCAGAUUUCGAGAAUAAAUAUAUUUUUUGAUUGCCAAUCCAAAGUCUUAGUGAUCCUUCAGACAUGCCUCAGCCACUGUGACUUUGUACAGCUACAGUUAUUCCAUUUCUUGGGUUCUUUUUUCUCCUGGGAUCUCUGGUGCUGGUCUGUCAGAGUACCACUUUAUGCGAUACAGUCAUUUGGGAAAGCUAAAUGUUAUGUUUAUUAAUUUGUGUGAAAUGUGUGAUGUAAUUUGAGGUCCCCCAAAAUAGUGGGAAAGAAACUUUUUAGAAAGUACAUUUUAAGUCUGACCAUGUGAGACUUAAAAGGAUUUUGAGUACAAUUUGCACCAACAGAUGGUUCAUUUCUAUCAUUUUAUUUUGACAUUAUUGUGCAUGUGUACAUCUAAAGGGUGGCUUUGCAGUGUGGAGCUGUUAUUCAAAAUUUGUGUGUUAUUGGUAAAAACCUGUCUUCUUGGGAUUCUUUUGAAUGUUCUAGAGUCUAGGCUUCCUAUUAAUUUGUAUUUUUCAGUAAUAAAGUAAACGCCAUACAAUAUCCUCUUG